AUUUUUAAAGUGGAGUGUAACCUGAAAUGCGGUGUCAACUUUUGUGUCAUAUUAUCAUUAUGUGAAUACGUAAACAAUGUCAUCAACUAAAGUUUCUGAAGCCUUGGCUCAUAUAGAAAAAGCUGAAAAAUGCUUGAAAACUUCCUUCCUGAAGUGGAAUCCUGACUACGAUGGCGCAGCAUCAGAGUACAUUAAAGCUGCUACAUGUUACAGAAAUGCAAAGGCCCUUCCUGAAGCUAGGGAAGCAUACAUCAAAGCUGCAGAGAUUCAACACAGAAUGAAGGCUCCAUUCCAUUCUGCAAAGUCAUAUGAACAGGCAGGCCUGCUGAGUAAGGAGAAUGGAGAGAUGGACCUCGCCGUGAAACUGAUGGAGCAGGCGGCCCUGAUGUUCCAGGAACAUGGCACACCAGAUACAGCCGCUCUCUGUCUGGAAAAGGCUGCCAAAAUGGUGGAGCAGUCUCACCCGGCAAGAGCAGCUGACUUGUACAAGAAAGCCUCCGAUGUUGCUGAUAUUGAAGACCAUGCACGUCAGAGUGCUGAGAGCAUUGGGAAAGCUGGCAGGAUAUUCUUGAGAUUGCAAAGGUAUGAGGAAGGUGCGCAGUGUCUGUGCAAGGAGAUAGAGUUCCAUGCAGCCAGUGAGAACUUCCCCAUGAUAGCAAAGCUUGUGCUGGCCGUUGUACUUGUGAAGCUUACCUUAGAGGACUAUGUGGCCGCGGAACACUUCUUCAGAUCUGCAGGAAAGUACCCGCAGUUUGGGGACUCAGAAGAAGCGAUAGCUAUCGAGGAACUUCUGGCAGCCUACGACAGUGGGGAUGAGGAAAAUGCACGCAGAAUACUCAAUCUUCCACUCAUCAAGUACAUGGACAAUGUGUUCAACAAACUAGCUAGGUCACUUGUGAUCCCUGGUGAAGUCAAAAGGGCUGAUCCAAACCUGGGUGUGGCCUCAAGGGCAGCAGGAGGCGGAGCUAAUGUAGAAGGGGGAGGAGCUCCUGUCCAAUUGGAUGACGAGGAACUUGAGGGUGGGCUGUGCUAACAGUAUGAUUGACAGGAGAAAAUGUGAUUGACACAUGAGAGGGAGUCAGUGACACAUGAGAGGAAUUAGCUCAUGAGUGAGAUCGAUGAAAUGAAAAUACGGAACAAUUAAUUGAUAGAGGAAGAAUAUGAGUUUUGGAGACAUUACAAACUGAGUAGACACAAAUUUAGAUACAAAUAAUGUAGCAUUAUUUUUUUCAAUAAAAGUUUGUUAAAGCAGUCUUAUUCAUUGAUUGAACAGAAAUGUGCUUCAUAAUUUUAUGUUGAAAUUAUUAAGUAUAACUCAAUAGUGUGCAGGUUCUCUGUAAUUAUAUAGGAAACAAAUUACGGGUUUUAAGAUACUUUUUGUGAAAUGUUUCAGCAGUUGAGAUUGGUGUGUAUGUAACAAUAUGGGCAACUUCCUGGGAAAACUGGGCUUAAUGCUGGUGAGUGUUGUUGGUCUAGAUUAGUCUGUACAAUAUGCACAGGCUAAUCAGGGACGAUACUUACCGUUUUAUAAUCCCCGAAAUAUUUUCAGUGGAGCAUAUAGUUGCCAGUUUAUAGUUCCUUCCUUCCUUCCCCCCUUCCUUCCUUCCUUCCUUCCGUCACACUUUUUGACAGUUUCUCAUAGCACCUUUAUUUCUUUACCGAUCUCUUUCAUAUUUGGCAUGUAGGUACCUUGCAUGGACCUCUACCUUUUAAUGAGGUUUGAGGUCACUAGGUUCAAGGUCAAGGUCACUGAGGCUAAAAAUAGAUUUUUCCGUCACACUUUUUUGACAGUUUCUCAUAGCACCUUCAAUACUUUACCGAUCUCUUUCAUAUUUGGCAUGUGGUUAGGUGGUUAUUAACACAUAGAUUGACAAAGCUCAUCAUCGGGGAGCAUCCAUCUGUUUCACUGAUAUUCUUGUGUUUUAUAUUCCCAGAACGUGGCUCAAAUAAGGGUAAGGGAAAGUAUUUCUGGCACUGCUGGUAAAAGACUGCAACAGCAAAGCAGUUUAUAGUGGCUUUAUUUACAACGUUUUUUGUCCCCUACCGGUUUCACUGGAGGGGACUUAUGGUUUGUGCUCUGUGUGUCCAUGAGUCCAUCAGUCUGUGAGUCUGUCACACUUUUUUGGAUCCUGCAAUAACUUAAAAAAUUCUCAAUAUUUUUUCAUGAAACUUCAAACAUGGAUAGACAUUAUGCACGUCAUUUUAUUUUGUUCCUAUGUCAAAAAUUCUGGUUGCUAUGGCAACAUAAAAAAAUAAAAAUAAAUUGUUAUUUCUGACAAUGGUGACGCCGUAAGGGGACAUAUAUUGCUUGGCAAUAGUCUUGUUCUUGCAUGACUUCUUCAUACAAUUUAUUAAAUUUCCUUGUAAGAUUGUAAAUGCUUCAAAUAGUGUUAUGGAUUUUUACUCUCUAUAAAUUAUCAAAUUGUUGAGCAAUAUCCUGCACAUGUGCUAAUUGAAAAUACUGUGAGCUGUUACAACAUUUGAUGAAAAAAAGUUUUUCACGUAUAAAAACCCAUUCCCUGAACAUAUGAACAUUUUUCAAGUCCCAGUGCAAUUUGAUAGUAGUCCCAUAUUAGUUUAAGCAUUCCAAGUCAAAGGUGGGCAAAUAAGGAUGUUUUGAUACAACUUAUGCAAAUUCUUAUAUUUACGAUUUUUACAAGAUGUUUGACAUUUAAGUCAUCUACAAAGUAGCACGUGUUGAAAACCAGUGGUAAAAUUUGUCCAUUUAGACUUCUUGUUAGAAAGUGUUGCUUUUAUUUAUUACUUUAUAUAUUUUUUUUUAAUUAUUGUGCAAUAAAAAUGUAUGUAUAACC